AAGUGAAGCAGCUGCAGUCAGAUGAACUGCAGUUUACAGAUAUUGACACAAACCCUUAAAACUCGCUCAAAAUCAACCUGCCAGUAAUGAGAAGCACGGCAUGGCAGACAGACAGGACAAUGAGGUGGAGGAGGCAGAGCAGGUGUACCUGCUGAUGAAAGAGGAGCACAGGAUAUCACGCAACGUGCGUCUGUCCUGGUUCCUCCACCGGCUCAAUCAGGUCGUUCGGCCCAGUCCUCUGUCCGAGCUGCUGAAGUCAGAGAAUGACCUGGAUGUUUUGAGCGUCCUCCCGAAAGGAUGGCAGCCCGAUUCUCCUCCCUCGUCCUGCCCGUGUCUGCUGGUUCCCUCCACGCGAGUCACUUUCCUGGCGCGCAGGUACCGCUUCAUCGUCGAGCUGGACCUGAGCCCGUCCACCGGCAUCGUGGAUGACAGCACAGGAGAGAUGAUCUUUGAUGAAGUCUUCCACGCUCUGUCUCGGUGCUUGAUUGGUUUGGCGAAACCCUUUAAAAUCCCAGGAACUGAUCACGUGUUUCAGCCGGAGAUCUUCAUCACCAUCCUGGCGUAUUCCUCCAUCAUCGGCCUUAGUUCCCACCAGGUGUUGGUUCAGGGCUGUCAGCUGGACUGUAUGGAUUUGGAGCAGUUCUUGCAUCAGAUCUAUCAGCAGCUGAGAGCCGUGGAGAGCAGCAUCGCUGAUGUCCUCCAGCAGCAGCAAAAUCAGUUCAGUGGACCUGUCUAUCAGUCCUUCUCUAACGAUGCAGCGGAGGAAGCGUCUCAGAGGAAGCCGGGGGUUUCCAUGGUGACGGCCGAUGUGGGGCUGGUCAGUAUGGUCCGGCAGGGGAUCCUUGCUCUGCAGCUCCUGCCUCCAAACUCUGGUGCUGGCAUAAUAAUCAUCACCGAUGGAGUGACGAGUGUCCCUGAUGUAGCUGUGUGUGAAACACUACUGAACCAGCUCAGAAGUGGAACCAUUGCCUGCUCAUUUGUCCAGGUGGGCGGAGCUUACUCCUACGACUGUAGUUUUGGCUACAUCCCCAACGUGGAGCUGAUGAAGUUCAUCUCCAUGGCAACCUUCGGCUCCUACCUGUCCAUGUGUCCAGAGUCCGACUCCACCGGUGACGAGAUGAACGCUUACCACCGCUCCUUCCUCAACUACUCCUUCCUGAGGACCGGCGAGUCCAUGAACCCAGAGUACUACUGCUUCUCCCAGCACAGGCUGUUUAAUGAGCACCUGGUGUCAGCGAGUGGAAACCCUGCCUUAGUGAUGCGCAGGAAGAAACACACGGAGAAGGAAGUGCAUGCUGACCUAAUCAGCGUCCUGUCCAUCAGACUGAGAGAGGGAUACACCAUCCGGGAGAUCAACAUCACUAAAGGAGGAAGUCAGCUGGAGGUGAAGCUGGUCCUCCUCUGGAAGCAUAACAUGCGCGUCGAGUACCUCGCCGUGGCGUCCUGGCCCCUGAAUCCAGUCAAACGCACCACCUGGGUGGAGGUGACCAUCGAGGGCAGCUACGACAUCCUCCACGACAUCAGCUGCACCAUGAGGAAACCCAUCACGAGCCCCUACCGGACGUCUGUCAUCCGCCGCUUCUGGAACACUCUGCAGAGCAUAAAUCAGACAGACCAAAUGUUGGUGCACCUGCAGUCCUUUAAUUCCAUCCCAGAACACUACACCAUCCCCGAAAGCACGAAAAAUGGGGUUCCUCUGUUUUACAUCCCACCUGGAUCCACCACGCCGGUCCUCUCCCUCCAGCACAGUGGCUCUAAAGACUCCAGCCAAUCACAGUUCGCCUCCUACUGGAAGCCCAUCCUGUCCAUGGACGCUAACUUCUGGCAGCGCUGGCUGCACAUGCAUCGCAUCGCUAUCAUUCUGGAGCAUGACAUCCCGGUCCCGAAGCACGUGCACAACGCUGGCAGUAACGGUCGCUUCAGCACCAUCCAGUGCCGUAUCUCUCACUCGGCGCUCACCUCGCUGCUCAGGGACUGGAGCAGUUUCGUCCUGGUGGAGGGAUACUCAUACAUCAAACUUAUUUACAGUGCCUCUGAGUUGCCGCCCGUCUCCUUCUAUCUGGUGCGUCUGAUCUCUAAAGCUCCCUGCAUGGUGCUGCGAUUGGGCUUCCCGAUAGGAACUCUGGCACACACUAGGAACAAGAUUGUGGACGAACUUCGAGAGCAGAUCUUAAGGCUGCGGUUCCCUCAUCGAGUCCAGAAUAAGGAGGCCACGCCAAAAACCAAACGGAAGAUUCUGGGUAAUGCGUCGCCCUCCAAAUCCCCUCCUCUUCCUGCGGCCAAACCGGCGCUGUCUGACCGGCCGUGUGUGGUGGUGCUCAACAAACCCCUCGAAAAACUACUGAUCAGGUACGAGAAACUCCCGUCGGAUUUCCGCAUCCCUUUCAUCUUGAACAUGGAGCCGCUGGCCCAGCCGCCCAUCAUGGGCGCCCCUCUCAGCAUGGCUGCCAGCAGGACGGCGUCCUCCACCAUGGCGUCUCUGUCCCGUUACUUCCUGCACCAGCGCUGGGUUUGGGCCGUUCAGAACGGGCCGGGGACCGCCGUAUCGCUGCACGCCGUCGCUCAUAUCCUCUCUAUGCUCUCAGAUAUUCGUCUGUCGGAGGGCUUCCACUUCGCCGCCAGCGGGGAGGGUAUCAUCAACAUGGUGGCAGAACUGCCCAUGCAGAGUUCGUCAGCUGAUUUGGACGGAGACAAACACACCUGCAUAGUCCAGUACAUCCUUUUCCCGCCUCAUUCCACUUCUACUAAGGACAGUUUCUCCACAGAUGAUGACAAUGACACUGAGGUGGAGGCUAUAGAUGUGGACACGGAGCUGAGUUUAGUGACGGAGUGCUGGGUGGAGCCUCAGAGCGGAGCCGUCUGUAGCUCUCUGGAGCAGCAGAGACACUUCCACGAGCUCACCUACCAGGAGAUCCCUCAGGCUAUUUUUCCCCGUGACCUGUCGUGCAUGACGACGAUGAUCACCUUCGAAUACCUCAUCCAGCUGUGUCAGAAUAAAGAGCAGGUGUGUCCUCUGAGCAGCGUCAGAGAUGCUCCAGGCGAGAUCCCGGCCACCGCUGCUGCGGAUGACUGUAUACACACUGUGCCUUUCCAGUUCGACCUGAUGAAACUCUUGCCCAAGUGUCAGCAGAUCGAGCUCUUCUUCUACACCUUCAGCCGAGAGGGUCAAGCGGAUGCCUCCCGAAGCGCCUCCUCUCUGCCCAACGAUAUCCUCCUGAGCCUCUUCCACGGCUCUCUGCAGAACGAGCUCAGCGACCGAGAGAUCCCGCUGACCGACAGCGAUCACGUGGAGUUCAUGCAUCACAUCCUAGAGCGGGAAAGAGACGGUCACGUGGCUCCAUUCUCACUUCCUGUCAUCAAAGAAGAGAGCUUGAAGCAUCCGGAGAGGCAGGACACUGUUCUUUCUUUCCACACUAUAGGAAGCAGUAAGGAGGUGACGGGCUCCUCAAGCACACUACAGAGCUUCAGUAAUGCAGAUCUGGUAGACGACGAGCCAGCUGGCGUGGAGCAGGAUGGCUUAUCUCCUCACUGGAAAUGUUAUGCCAAAUACAUCAGUCAUCAGCAGAUCCUGCUCACUUUCCUGCCAGCUACAUUUACAGAUGUGCAGCUUUUGAUGUCUUCUGGGCUGGAAACCGAACCUCCAAUCAACAGCAGUCUCCUGGAAGAGGAGGAGACCCGUAGUCACGGCGACGGCCAAUCGCAGGCUGGUUCCGUCAGCGGCUCUGCCAACGGUCCACAGGCUGGAACUGGUCAACAUGGAGAAGACAGGAAGGGGUCCAGAGCAGAACCAGAAGAGACGCCUGCAGGACAGAGCAGCUUGAACCAGAACCAGAGACUUUCAGCUUCAGAGGAGAAGGACGGUGUUCAGUUUGUGGAGCCUCAGAAGCGAGACUGUCACAUCACGUUCGGCAGGCAGACGUCUCAGCAGAGCAGUUCAGACGCAGCACGACCCCGAUGCCCAAUCUACAUCUACAACUGCUCUCUGGACUCGCUCAAAGAGCAGCUGGUCCACCCACGCUCCGGACGCCAGCACAGAGACGUCUUCUUCAGAGCUCAAGAGACAGACACCUGGGAGUUCAGUCAGCAGCCCAAAUACAGGUCAAUCUCUCAGGAGCGCAGCAGCACCUCCUCCUGGACGGAGCUCAUGACACACCCUCACAAACACAAAGAACUGGCCAACUACUGCAGUCUACUGCAAGAACACUACUACCAGAGCUAUGUCAAAGGUGUUUAUCGCAGUCUUCAGCAGUCGUAUAACGUGAGCUCUCAGGACGUGCUGACGGCCAUGGACUACUGCGAGGAGUCUCUGCAGGAGAUCGACAUCACUUCCUUCCUGCAGACGCUCUGCGGACACGUGCGGGUGUUUCGCGAGCGCCACGAGCUGCACGGUUGCGUCGGCGCGAGCAAGUCCGGUCGCGCUCCCACCACCUUCAUCAUCGGAGAGGGAGAGGAUGACAGAGCCGACAGAGCCACGCUGGUGUCCUCAUCCAGCGUCGAGCUGGAGGACGCGAGCGAAGGUGAUUCCAGAGGGAAAGUCUCUGCUCCCGCAUCCCCGCUGGACCUGAACGAGCCCAAGUCUCCAAGAAUCCCAGAAUUCCCUCUGUCGCUCCUCCAGUCUCAGCAGAAAUGUGAAGUGUAUCCCGAUCUACACAAAAUCAUACAGGAUAAAUUCAUGGAAAUUGGUGCUCAGUAUUUCAAGACGGUGCCGUCCAACCCGCAUUAUUUUUUUUACUGCCUUCCAUCUUCCAAAAAAGAGGAGGAUUCAGACAGAGAGGGAGAGCGGAGAGCCAGCGAGGACUGUGAAGUGUCUGAAGCUGAACUCGCCACAGAAGACGAGAAUGUUUCGGGCUGCUGCAUCGUGACGGAGAGCGACACGGAUCUGGAGGUGGAGUACCAGGACUGUGGGAAUGGCCGAGCGGAGGCUGGCGGGAAGGGAGCGGGUGAAGGGGAGUCUCCUUCCGACUCCAACACGGUGAACCAGGACGAGGACUCCUUCAGUAUCCUGGACGGAGACUCUCUGCUGGAGGUGGAGGGGCCGCAGACGGAGAUGCCGCCUCUGUUUGUUCACCUCACCUGCUCCGUCAGCAUGAAGAGCUGCCAUGGCUCCAUGCCCACGCAAACACUGCCAACCUGUCUGGGUGAAGUCAUUACCUGCCUUGAGAACACCGAGAGUCUUCAGUCGGUGGAUCUGAACGAGCUGUCUGUCACUCUUGAUAUCUUCGUGCUCACGCUACCUCUGGAGAUCGAGGUCAUGACCCCUGACUUCCACCACAACAGGUACACGUCUGAGAGCAGCGUGUCUCUGAACCGCUCGCCUGGACAGCCCUCGUCCUACCGCUCUGACGAGGAGCUCAUGGCUAAUCUGGACGGUCUGCGCGGGGUCGGUGCGGAAAGUAUGUCUGGAGAUCCCCUGUCCAAACUUCCUAUUCCCCACAAAACGGCUGUUUUAGCCACCAUGGAUGAGAUCCGUUGGCUGUUGGAGGACGAGAUCGUCUCUGCUCUACGGCACUCGUCUGUUAUCAGCUCCUCUACGCUGCAGAAAGUGUCGGAGCACGUGUGUCGCUCCAGCGGCCGUCCGCAGUGCCACUGCGAGCUCGUUCCCCUGCAGUUCGUCUUCGGUCCCGAGCAGUCGCUGGAGAAGUUUCGAGAGGAGUUCAAGAGGUUAUCUCUUCCCGGUUACCUGCUGAACGCCGAGCAGCACAACUUCCACUACGUCUCGCUGAGCCGCCAGCAGUCUCGCAGGCUCCAGGCGGCGAGGCAGCUGUCUAGCAUCGCUGCUCAGUACUGCGCGGCUGCAGGACCGGCGUCUUGGCAGAGCGGCCUGUGUCCCGAGGUCGAGGACGGAGCCAGAGCGUCGGCAAACAUCUGCACGUCAGACAGAGAAGAGGCCAAGAAGAGAGAGCUCAACACCGAGCAGGUGGAGUGUGGAGAAGCGCAGAGGGCUGAUGAAGACCCGCGGCCCGCAGCAGCUAAUUCAGCCAGCGAGUCCCUCUCCGAGACCUCUGACCCCGGGCAGGAGACUCGACCUCAGAGCGCCGCUCACCUGAACGAGCGCUCGUCUGAUCACACGUCUCCUCCCAAAACCCCGUCCGCCGCCAGCCUGGCCGAGUCCGUGCAGUCCACCACACACAGCAGUGGGAAGCUGCGGCCCAGUCGAGUUCAGAGCGUCGUCUCCAGUCAGGGAAGCCUGGACUCAGACAUGCUCGGUUAUGACGGAGGCAGCAGUGAUUCUGAGUGUGACGGACCCACCAUGAACGAGCAGGAGAGACAGACGCCGCUCAUGCCUGAUUUCUGGCUCAUCAUCAGGAUUCAUCAGGACAGAGUGGAGGUUUUCUCUCAUGCCAGGAGUUUGAACCGAGAGAAAGAGGAGGAAGAAGAGGAAGAGGAGGAGAUCCCAGAGUACCUGCGUCUUCAUCAGCUGGUGGUGAGGAAGAUUGGAGAAAUGUGCCGAAUCGUCAACCAGCGCCUCCUGCUGCAGGACCUGCAUGACAUUCGCAUGUGCAACUCUCUGUUAGUGGCUGAGAGCGAGGAGGAUAUCUGGAAGCACGAGUCGCCCUACCGGCCCAGGAUGACCAACUCUGACGAUUACAACGCAGACGAGAGCUAUCAGCCGCGGGACUACCUUGCUGCCACCAUGCAGUUCAUCCCGGGAUACUUCGCCUGUGACGUGGUCUGGAGCACCGUUAUUUACAUUCACCCGCGCCUCAAGAUGGGGCCCAACAUGGGCGUGUCCCGAGCUAUCCAGGCGCUGCGUUCCGUUCUGAACGCUUUCUGUGUGGUAAACCGCAAAAACAUGUUCGUUUAUCAGGAGCGCACCACCAAAUCUGUCUUCUACCUCCGGCUCUCAGAGACGUCUCAGGCAGGGAAGUACAGUGAUUUGGAUGGAAAUGUGCACGUGUCUCGCUCUGUCGGUCUGGCCCGCAGCCAGGAGCCGCUGGGCUCCGAGGACCUCACGGCAUCACGCUCGUCUCUGGAAGGCUCAAGGCCGGUUGGACUGGUGGACAAACACAUUUUGCUGCAGGUGCAUGGCGUAGGGACCGCAGGUCCAGAGAUCUCUGAUGAAUUGGUGAAGGUUUUGAGGAAGCGUCUGGAUGAGGCCACGCUGGACAUUAUUACGGUCAUGCUGGUCAGGAACUGCAAACUGACGCCUGCAGAUGUGGAGUUCAUUCAGCCUCCCGGCUCUCCGGCGACGGAGGUGAUGGAGUUCUGUCUGCCGCAGUACUGUGUGCCGUGGAUCCAGGCGGUGGCUCACUACCUCCGUCAGAACCUCCUCAUCUUCCUCCACAUCCCCAAAUACACUGACAGCAACAUGGAGCACCACUUUAAGCAUUACUUCCAUUCGAGCAGCGAGCUGCCGGAUCAUGACAUAUACCUGUACAAUAAACCUGGAGGCCAGGGCACAGGAGGCAAAGGUAUCGCCUGCAUCGCGUUGUCCUUCGUGGACGCUAAAGGUUGCGCUCUGCAGGUUCCGGCUCAGGACGGCGGCGGCGGCGGCCCGGCUCUCAGAGCCGACGUCUCCAGCGUCUCUCUCCAGCCGGACCAGUUCGAGGCCUUGACCACCGUGCUCAAAGUGGACUCUGGCGGCCAGAGCUCAGGUGCAGCUGUGUGCGUGCGCUUCGACGUGUGGGAGCAGGGUAACAUCAGCCCGCUGCAGCUGACCGACCGGCUCCGGGCCGCUCUACGUCAUGCUCUCUGUGACGUGCUCAUGGAGAUGCGUGUGCUGCCCAACCCGCUGUGUCUGGACACCUUCUGCCUUCCCGCAGCCGCCCGCGACGAGAGCGCAGUCUCCCUGAGCGUCCUGCAGUCUGACAGUAAGGAGGUGAAGGAGAGCGUUCGGAGGCCCAGCGGAGCUCAUGGGCUCAGGAGCAGCCCGUCUCCCAUCAUCCUGAGCUCAGCGCCCAGCUCCACCCCGAACACUGGAGCCAGCACGCCCGAGUCCACCACACCCACCGGGAAAACCACCCGCCGCAGCUUCUGGGAAAUACUGAGUAAACCAGAAACUUCUGAGCUUGGCAGUCCAAAGACGACAGAUGACAUUGUACAAGAGCGUGUUGAGGACAGUCGCGUGAACCGAAGGAGGCACAAGACUGAGAGCGUCAAACAGCAGUGGAACCAUGAGAAGGCCAUGGCAGUCGAGCAAGAGCAGGCCCAGAGGAGACAUGCAGUCCAGCUGGAGGAAGGUGAUACAGGAACUCUUCAACCCGUCUACCAGACCACGUACCUGCCCUGGGUCACCUUCAUGAACAGACUGGGUUGUCCUUCCAUCCAGCACUGUUCAGCUGAAGUCUCGCAUCAUUUCCUCCUUCCCUCCAUCCUGACGGAGACCGUUAAUCUGGUCGGCUCACUGGCCGGUGACACAGCGGUCAAAGUGUUUGAGAGGACCAGCUGUCCUCAAGGAGACAUCUAUGUCCCACUGUCAAUCAUCCAGCACAUCAGCCAAUCACCUGGCACCACCAGGAGCUUCAUUCUCAUUGGUCGCAACUUCAGCCAAUGGCAUUGCAGUACAGAACAAGAAGACAGUUCAGAUGAAGAGAACAGUCCUGUACUAAAUAGGUGCACACCUCAUAAGGGCCUGCAGCGGUUCGAGGCUUUGGAGCACAGUGAUUGGCUGAACCCGGGGCAGGCCGUGAGGGGCGUGGCUCCCCGCCAGCGCUUCCUCUACAUACAGAUUAUCAAUAAGAAGGUGACUCUGUACACGUAUAACUGGUCGGUGGAUCUGGGCGUCUCUCUGAAUCAGGGUCUGGUCAGGCUGGUGCAGUGGCAGAACGCCCGCGCUCAUGUGGUCAACUGCCUCCUGAGUCAGAAAAUGGGCCUUUUCCAUCAUUACUGCUUCUCUGAUACACCUACACAUGAGGACCUAAAACAGGAGCCCAAUCUGUUCCUGAGCUCCACGGUCGAGGCGGACGCUCUGUUAAGGAGUCCGGUUCCUCCGGCCGCCAGUAAGGAUCAGGGUCGGAUGGGCGGCUCUGCUCGUGUUCUUCCUCCUCUGGCCUUCCCUGGAGAGCUCGUGCCCUUUGAUGAAGCUCUGAGAGACGUGAACACUGUGAGGCCCUUGUCCAGUCAGGAUGGGCCCGAUAUAGUCGCUCGCCAUGGAGCCCAGCUACUGGAGGUCAAAGCCGCUGAACGCAGAGAGCUGGAGAGACAGAUGAAGAUUGAGAAUCUGUUUGUGACGUGGCAGCAGCGCUCGGCUCAGUCUAACAUGCCCAUCUCUGUGGCGGAUCUGGACACACUGAAGCAGUCGUCUCGCCUCGUCCAUUACUGCGCCACUCCACUGCUCUUCGACCCAGUCUUCCGGAAACAGAUUCAAGAGGAACAGCUGCCUCAGCCGCAGAUGAAGAAGCGGCAUCGCUCCAGCGACUCGACGGCAUCCGGCCGGGAUCGCAGCUACAGCACGGAUUCCGCAGACAUGCUGCCGAGUCGUCUGAAGGAGGAGCCGUGGCUGCAGGACAUCUCCAGCAUGUUCCUGCAGCAGUACGUUCAGUAUCUGCAGAGCAUGGGCUUCAUCCUGGUGCAGGUCCGGCCGCAGUCGCCCGCUCGCAGCAUCGCUCGGGCCCGAGCUGCCAUGUUGAGUUCUUUAUCCACCGAAGGCAGAUCUUCCUUCUCCUCUUUCUCAUACAAUAAACAGAAGAGUGAAGACAGCCCCAAGAGCAGCGUGUCGAGCUCGGCGUCGUAUCACCUGCAGAGGGCACUGCCGGGAGGAAUCGUGCUGAUGGAGCUGGCUUUUCAAGGCUGCUAUUUCUGCGUGAAGCAGUUUGCGUUAGAGUGCUCGAGGAUCCCCAUGGGUCAGACGGUUAAUUCUCAGGAGUCUCUUCUCAACACACCUCCUAGCCAGCCGUUCCCCGAGGUGCCCACGGCCUCUGACUCUGCGCUGUCCAUGCUGUUCACAGAGGAGUGUGAUAAGGUGCGGGAUCUGAUGCACGUUCACUCCUUCAGCUACGACUUCCACCUGCGUGUGGUUCAUCAGUACCUGGUGGGCUGUCACAUGACCCUGCGGCAGGGCUACCAGCUCACGUCCUUUCUGGAGGACUUCAUCGCCCAUCACCCCGACAUACCCAAGUUUGGACGCAACCAUGUCUUCCAGGGGAGUUUCUCCAUCUCGACGGGGAUGAUCACAGCACAUCAGCUGUAUAAUUACAUCACCGAUCACGCCGGCACUUACGGGAUGAAGCCCUUGCGCAUGUCUAAGGCCGCGGUGACCACCGAUAACAAGAAGGGGACUCCGAGCGCAGACCUGCACGAAUACGCGCUCGUCGCUCUGUGGAACAGCUCUGGCUCGUUUAAGGAUCUGGAGGGAUUGAGACACCAUGAUGACUUUGACGUGUCUCUGCUGGUUUGUCAUAACGCCGCCCCGUUUGAGGAGCAGUCGGAGGGAGAGAGACACCUGCUCAGGCUGCGUUUCUACGUGAUCAUGACCAGUCAGAGGGAGCUGUUCCCGCGCUUGACCGCAGACAUGCGCCGCUUUAAAAAGCUUCCUCAGAUCCACCGUGACCCCGGUGACCUCAGCGGCCGCGCCCCUUCGGAGCGGAUGGAGGCCGGCAGGGAAUCAGAGCUGGAUCUGUGGGAGGACGCCGCCGUCCCCGUCAGCCCUGCAGCCAGCCCUGAGCCUGAGCCCAUAGAGAGCCUCCUGCACGCAGACGCAGACGCAGACGCAGACGACGCCCAGGGGCUCUUCUACCUGUGCCCUCUCUUCCCGCUGCUCAGCUCCGAGGUGCUGUCUGCGCGCCGGCAGAUCCAGAGCAGCGUGGAGCAGGCCAUGGGCCACUGCCGCAGGGAUAACCUCUGGAGGAGGCUCUUUCACGGAGAGCACCUGGCUCUGGAUAAACUCAAGCUCAGCAAGCUGGCCUUCGGUGAACUGGAAGAGCUGCUGGACGCUGUGCAGAGCAGAUCGGUCUCUGAGAUCGACCCGCAGCUGGACUGUUUCCUGAACAUGAGUCCCACGUGGUACCAGAGUCUCAUCAAAGUUCUUCUGUCCCGCUUCCCUCAGAACUGCAGGCACUUUAAAGACGACAGCGGCAUACAGUACCUGGCCGUCCUGAACCAGAAGUUCACAGACUGUUUCGUGCUCGUUUUCCUGGACACACAGGCGGGAAAAACAAGUCUGAAGGUUGUUUUCAGGGAGCCGUUACCUGCGCAGACGCAGUCGAGCAGCAGUCCUCCACCGCAGCUGGUCUCCAUGUACCACCAUCUGGAGUCGGUCAUCAACACCGCCUGCUACAACCUCUGGACGGGCCUGCUGUGAUGCCGUGUUUCUGCCAGCGGUGCAUCGGAGGGAGUCGAGUGUUCGAGUGAAGUCGGUUUGUGCAAAGAUCGAGCUUUGAGUCACUCGUCGCUCGCAGACCGAGGCCGAACGGGUCUCGUGUGUGUAAUGCGUGCUGCGUCGGCCAUGCUGCAUCCAUUAAAGCGAAUAAACUGCUAAUAUUUUGCACAGGAAAACGGCUAAGUGUGCCACCCUGUCGACCGGAGGGCGAUUAUCAGAGAGGGUGUAUUUAUUGCGUGUGAGACUGGUUUGCCAAAGCCGUGUCUUUCUGUAGUCUAGUGUUCACUUGUGCUGUUUUUUUUUUUUUCUCCAUCUUCUCUCGGUUGCUGAUGGUUUUUUUUAUCUUUACUGCCAUUUUUCAUCCCGAAAGUGCCUGUAUUUUAUUUUCAUAUGAGCUUGAUGGGAGCUAGCGUAUCAUGUUCACCUUUCAAGACGAAUCUCUUAAAAGGACGGUUCGCCCGCAAAUGAAAUUCUGUCAUCGUUUACCCACUUUUAGGCCUUUAGGAGUCCGUUUUCGUACAAGAGUAUGAUUUAAAGACUGUCGGUAAGCAAACAGCUGACGGUAGCCAUUGACUUCUAUAUAGUUUCAAUGUCAAUGGCUACCGUCAAUCUUCUUUUGCUUUUAGCAGCUACAAGAAAUUAAUGUGGGUUUGAAACAGCAUGAUGUUGAGUAAAUGAUGACAGGACUUCUUGUUUGGGCGAACUGUCCCUUUAAAUCAGUCACACGGCCUUUAUGUACCUUAAACAUAAAGAGCAGGCAAUGAUUAGUCCUACUAACUAGACACUGGACUCGUUCCUGAAGACCAUUUACCUCCUGCAGUGACAGAAACUGAAGAAUGAAAAUCUUUUACCGUUUAGUUGGGUUUUUUUUGGUUUUGAAGCACACUGGACGUUUUUGAAAGAAAGAUUUAUUAAAAUGUUAGAAGCUGAAUUAGCAAUUCAAAUGUGUGAAAAAGUUAUUUGUACAUUAUGUAUAUAGAGGCGGAUUUGUAAGAAAAACGCUUAACAAUAAAUCUUAAAUUAAAACAUC